GAGCUCGCCAACCUCAACCUCCACCCUCCCACGGGAUGGCCACUAUCGAAGAGCUUGACAAAGACAUCGCCGGCCUCCGCAAUCGCAUCUCCCGCCUCCGAUCACACCGUUCCAACCUAACCUCCAUCCUCCUCUCUUCCCCGCUUCUCACAACGCGCCUCCAGCAGCGCCCCGUCACCAACGAACGUUGCCGCCGUAGUGCUGCAAAAGCCGUGAAACAGCAGUCCAACCGCAAUGUCGAGAAUAUAUACCGAGCCUGCGCAGGCGUCACAGCCUACAAGGUCAAAGACCCUGAUCCAAACGCUGUCGAUGACGGCAACAUCCUCGGUGUCAGGAUCGAGGUCCCAGUAGAUGGCCAAUUUAUCGAGACUUAUCACGUGCUGUUCAACCGACCGGACCCAAUUCAUCCGACUAUGUUGAAGAUACAUAAACAUACAAUCCCACCUUGUAUUCCGCUGCAGGCGCUCGCAAAUAAGUUCCUGCCUGUGACGGAUAGAGACGCGGAUACGACAACGGAGCAGAAUCUAAUACGGUUUGGCAGGUGGUUGAGGAAGGAAUUGGUGUCGUGGCAUCUCCGUAUUGCCACGGUACAGAAGUUGCGCUGCGAGGCUGGUCUUUCUGGCAAGGCGUCGGAAGACGAGGUGGGGCCGGAGAGGCCUUCGAUAGGACAAAUUCUGAACGCAUUUGGGGGUGACAGCGAGGAAGAAUCCGAUGAGGAGGGCCACACUGCUAGUAAAGAUGGGCCUGUUCAGAUCGAGCACAUUGAGGCGGACCACGCCGUGCGCGAGAUUCGGAUUACAUGGUCAAAUGGGCAGACCGGUGUCAUGAAAGUUGCAAAAGAUGGCGAGGUGGAGAAAAGUGUCAUAAGGAGCAGGAAUGGAAGCAGAGUCUUACAGAUAGAAUUAAAGGCAGUUGGCCGAAUUGAAGGGUUGGUGCAGAGACUCACAGAGGCGGGUGCUGUGUCGUAGGAAGCGGUCGAAUCCUCCAAAUAUAACAUUCUUUAUUCAUAGUCCGGCAUCGUAGAAAGGACCCCCGAGGCCAUUAUAGGUGUUUGGGAUACCGGGUUUGCUUUGGUAUGGGAACGGUUAGGAGGUGGUGUUGGGGCGUUUUCCGAAAUACCCUUCCUAAUUCCACCGUGGAAUGGCGCCAUUCGCCCAAGAGAUCUGGAGAUCUUUUGCGCGCAAAAAUAAUUUUAAGAGGAACCAGAAUUGCGUUUCUUCGAAGUAUGGUCAAACAAAACAUCCUGCACCUUCUUCUCACCUAACGUGGAACAUGGCGGGUGUGGAGUCUAUCUGUGAAAACCCUUGGGUGGAAUUAAGGAGAGCAUUAGCACGAUGCAAAUUUCUGUCCCAAAUUACUCUGCCAUGUUCUACUUUAGGUGGAAAGCUU